AUGGGCAUCGAAGAUCAGCAGUUCUACAUGCAACCUGUCAAGGAAAAAGCAACAUGCGAAACCAAUAUGUGUGAUGACGAAGUGGAUGAGGACGUCCAUGAAAGCGGAUACAAUGAACUACUGCUCUUCGAUUUCGAGUGUAUUCAAGAGAAUGGUACUCACGAAGGCUACGAUGGUUAUUUCAUCCAACAAUACCUGCAUGAGAAUGGUGUUAUUCCUGAAGUCAUUAUGUGUGGUGCCAAGAUCCUUACGAUGUAUGUAGCUAUUCCCAAAACCUUUGGUUUGAACGAGUCUGCAAAAGGAUAUUUCCCUCACCUUAUGUUGGACCCCUACCACCAAGUCCUUAUUACCAUCCCAGUGGAAUGA